AGUAGAGCCAUCAGAAACUUGUAGAGUUUAUCCUGUGUGUACAUUACAUUCAUUAUUGAUCAAUACCUUAAAUUAUUUUGACAAGCCAGCACACAUUAACUGUCAUACCUUGUUGCCAUGGGAUUUUGCGGGGGAAGAGACAAGCCAAAUUGGAAACGAGAGAUUGUUUCUGAUCAUAAGUUUGAGCACAUCGAUCUUCAAGAUUUCCAUGACUCCUCUUGUUUAACUCGCUUCAAGCAUUUUUUAGUCUUUUUUGGGGUAAUUAAGUCAUUUGCUAUUUAUAUUGCUGAUGUCUGGACCGCAGUGUCUCUCUUGAUCAUUGGGCAGACAACAGUAGCACCAGCCAUUCCAACAGAUGUUUCAAAGUGGAUCUUCUUUGCCUGUAUUAUGAUCUCAUUUCUCUUGUUGCUUUGGGAUCUUAUCAAAGCACGUCGUAUCCUGAUCAUGGAAGACAUUUCAUACAACUUUACUUGCGAUAUUACCAAUACAUACUUAUCUAUGAAGGAUUACCGCUGCUUUUGCCUCUUUCAAUCAAUUCAAAAAGGAAUAGAUUCAUAUGCCUUCUUUGUAUAUUCUAAACUGAAAGGAUGGAAACGUCUGUUAUUAGCAGAAGCACCUCGCCAAGUUAUCAACAUUGUGACUCUAGAAGCUCUUUUACCAGAAUGGUUUAAAAUUCAUAAUGGCGGAGUGACCAUUGAUAAUUAUGCCUUAGGCGAGACUUGGCUGCAGCAAGUACUGACGGGAACCAUGGCAUUUUCAGUAAUCAUCUUCACCAUGUCAUUUGCUCUCGUUUGUCUCGCGGCUGUACUUUAUAUUCCUCUAAUGUGCCAUAUUCGCGGAAAUCUAAAGGAAUAUGUCUGCUACAAGAUUGACAAGCGUAUAGAUUCCAUACUGCGCAAACAACAGACAAAAGCAUCAUAUCGUAAAAGACAGGAACCUCGUAGUGAUGAAAGUCAUCUUGGCUCUUUUCCGUUUCAUUAUUCUACCAGAUCACCUGCCAUAUCUGAAAAAGCCUAUAUUGAUGAUGGAUCGAGUGAACAACACCUCUUGGGUAACGAUUACUUUGACUAUCACAUUCCUUUUGAAACAUCAUAUCAGCAACAUCAACGACAUCAGCAUAUACAACGGCCAGCUUCGCAUAAGUUCUACAGCCCUCAACUUUCACAGCAAUUUAUUUAAUACUCAAUGCGUCCCCUUUCCUUCUAUUCAAUAGUACUUGUUAAAUAAUUGGAAAAAGGAAAUGUUUAUUAUAA